AUGGAGACGCUGCCGGCCGCCCUGGCGUGGCUCUCGCUGUGGCUCCUCCGGGCCGCCGCGGCGCUCCACGGCUCCCCCUGCGAGCCGGUGCGCAUCCCCAUGUGCCGGAACAUGCCCUGGAACAUCACCCGCAUGCCCAACCACCUGCACCACAGCACGCAGGAGAACGCCGUCCUGGCCAUCGAGCAGUACCAGGAGCUGGUGGACUUCGGCUGCAGCCCCGUGCUCAGCUUCUUCCUGUGCGCCAUGUACGCGCCCAUCUGCACGCUGGAGUUCCUGCACGACCCCAUCAAGCCGUGCAAGUCGCUGUGCCAGCGCGCCCGCGACGGCUGCGAGCCCGUCAUGCGGCGCUACAACUACAGCUGGCCCGAGGGCCUGGCCUGCGACGAGCUGCCCGUCUACGACCGAGGCGUGUGCAUCGCCCCCGAGGCCAUCGUCACGGACCUUCCCGAAGAGGACAUGAAAUGGAUCGACCUCUCGGACGACGUGAUGGCCCACGAACGAGCGCCGCCGUCCGACUGCCCCCAGAAGGGCGCCCGCGACCGCUGCAAGUGUCAAAAACUCAAGCUCACGCUGGCCAUGUACCUGAACAAAAACUACAGCUACGUUAUUCAUGCCAAAGUGAAGAGCUUGGAGAGAGGAAGCUGCAAUGAAAUCAUCACCAUGGUUGAUGUGAAAGAUGUACUGAAAUCUUCAACUCCAGUUCCCCGUUCUCUGAUUCCUCUGUAUACUAACUCAUCCUGCCAGUGCCCACCUCUUCUGCCAAACCAAGAUGUCCUCAUUAUGUGUUAUGAAUGGCGCUCUAGACUGAUGCUUCUUGAUGGAUGCUCAGUUGAAAAAUGGAAGGACCCCUUAAGCAAAAGAUUUAAGAGGUGGGAGCAGCGACUCCAAGAACAAAAGCUGCAAGCAGCCCCCAAUAAAAAGCAGAAUGCUCGAAACUCUGGUCGCAGUGGGAUGCUGAAGCAAAAUUCGAAGAAUACCAACCCAGCACUGGCUGCUUCCAAGAAGAUCAAUAAACUCAGAAGUGACCCGAAAGAAGUCAGUUCCAAGAAGAUAUGA